GCGGCUGUCGGUAUAAAACCCGAGCGCCAGAUUCCCACAGCAAACCGGGCGCUAUAGUGCAAACUCCCUUUGCCGUGUUACCGGCUCGGAAUACGCGUCAGCUGUGAAGAUGCAGAAGUCUGUCAGACCCUCCAUGAUGGGAUUCGGAAUGGGAACGGCUCCUUUCUUCAGGAUGACCGUGUUUGAGCAGGAACACUUCCAAGGUCGUUGGCAGGAGUUCACCACCGAGUGCUGCAACAUCCAGGACUGCGGCUUUGACAACAUCCGCUCCGUCAGGGUGGAGAGCGGAGCCUGGGUGGGCUUUGAGCACCAUGAUUUCCAGGGCCAGCAGUUUGUCCUGGAGAGAGGAGAGUACCCUCACUGGGACGCCUAUAGUGGGAAUCUGUCCUACCACGUGGAGAGGAUGAUGUCAUUCCGCCCCAUCUACUGUGCAUCCCACCAGUGCAGCCGCAUGACGAUCUUCGAGAAGGAGAACUUCAUGGGCCGCAGUGCCGAGCUGUGCGAUGACUACCCCUCCCUGCAGGCCAUGGGCUGGUGCAACCACGAAGUCGGAUCCAUGCACGUGCAGUGUGGAGCAUUCGUGUGCUACCAGUACCCGGGCUACAGGGGGCAGCAGUACAUCAUGGAGUGUGAGCGGCACUGCGGGGACUACCAGCACUGGAGGGACUGGGGCUCCCACAGCCAGACGCCCCAGAUCCAGUCCAUCCGCAGGAUCCAGCACUGAGAGAGCCCUGGUACCGGCCCACUGACAGCCAGGCGGACACAGGCUCCUCCCACAAACCUGCUCAUUGGUCACCCCCCCACAGUGACGACCCCUAAAAUGAGCGCUCAGACACCAUGACACACGUACACCCCAGACCCAAAUAUCCAGCCCAGUAUAUUAGUCACUAAUACCAGCCUGCACUGUCCCUUGUAUUGCACCCCCCCCCCCACACACACACACAGUCAC